AUGGUAACUAUUUUAAAAUUCUUUUAUAUUUUAUUUUCAUUAUUUUUACUUUUUUUUAAAGUAAUUGCUAUUUAUGAUAAAUAUAAUGAUAAAGAAUGCCCUAAAAGUGCCUUUAUUGGUUGUAUUAUUAAACUAAAAUUAAGUGGAGUAGUAUUUGAUAGAAAUAUAGCAAAUAUUAUAUAUUCUAUUGAUAGUGAAAGCAAAUUAUUAAAAACAUGUAAAGCAUAUACAAAUACAUUACCAUGUUUUAGAGAAAAAAUUUCACAAUGUGGAAGUCAAAAACAAAGAAGAAUGUUAAAUGGUGUUGGAAAAACAAUUGAAUUUUUAUGUUCACCUUUUUCAUUACCAAAUCAAAGAAUAUUAUUAAGUAAAGGUUCAUGUAUUAAUUAUAUAAUUAAUAAACCAAUAUCAAAUAAAUGUGAAAUUGAAGAACCUGAAUUGUAUAAUUCAAUUUUAUCUUGUGCAAAAAAUUGUGAACAUCAAAAAGGAAAUGUUUUUUGUCAUAUGAGAACUUGGAUAAGUAAACAAAAUUUAUGUACAACGCUUGAAAUUUACAAAAAUUGUGGUACUGAUGCAGCAUCAUUUUAUAGUGAUUUUCAAUCUGUUGCAUUUGAACCAACAUUUCCAAUUGUUUGUGAAGCAUCAAUUGAAAGUAUUGUUGAUGUUAAAAAUUUUUUUAAAUUUAAUGUUAAACAAUCAAAUAACAAUAAAGUUAACAAUAUUGUCCCAUUUAUAAUAAAAAAUAAGAAUCUUUUUAAAAAUAUUGUUAAAGAAGUUGUUCCAUUAACAAAAUAUAAUGAUCAUAAUAUUAAUGGUAUAUUAUCAAAUUCAAUUAAUGGAAAAAUUAUUAAUAAUACUAAAAAUUUAAGACAAACAGAAGAAAUUUUAGAAAAAAUAUUUCCUGAUAUGAUAACAAAAAAUUAUGAAAAAGUUUUAACAACUACAUUUAUUACUCCUAUCAAUAAAAAUUUAUUUUAUAAUAAUAAAUCUAGACUUAUUUUCUCAGAUAUUAGUACUACAACAACACAAAAACCAUUAAUAACAAGUAAUUAUCAAAAAGAAAAUGAAAACUUUUUAUUAGAAUCAUCUUUCAGUAGUAAUGAAAAAAAUAACAACAAUAUUAUAAAUAAUGGAGUAAAAUUAAAUGAGAUAGAAAUUUUAGCUUCAAUUAUAUCAAGUUUACCUAUUAAUAAUACUUAUCUUAUACGAAAAUCAAUAAAUGAUAACAAUGUUAAUUCAAAACAAUUACAAACAACUACUUUAAAAUAUAAUUCAAAUGAGGAAAAUUCAUUAUUCUUAUUAGAUAAUCAAAAUGAUGGUAAUUUAAUUGAUUUACCAACCAAGUUAUCUAAUGAAAAUAUUGAUAGUAAUGAAAAAAAUAUUUACAAUGAAGAAAGUUCAGAUGAUUAUGAUACUUCUAUUGAUUAUCAAACACCACCAGCAACUAUAAUGACAACCACUAUUCCUAUAACAACAACAAAAUUGACCAUUCCAAAAUUAAAUCUAUCACCAAAACCAACAAUUAAAAGUGUUAUUGAUGGUAAAAAAAUACCAUGGUAUUUAAAAGGUAUGAAGAAACACGUAUUUCAUAAUAAUAAUGAUGGAUUUAGAAAAUUCUCGCAACGUUAA